GAGCGCAGCUUCUUCAAAUUACACCCUUCAUACAAAGGGAAAGCCCAGUAUUGUGGGACGCCAUUCCUUGCCCGUAAGCUGAACAUGAUUCUGAUGCAGCACAUUCGUGCCACUCUGCCUGACAUCAAGGCCCGUAUUAGCUCGCAGGUUCAAAAAUACACUGCUGAACUAGCUACCUUGGGCGGUCCUAUGGGUGAUGCAUCCUCUGGCAACAUAGUCCUUUCAGUCAUCACAGAGUUCACAAACGAAUUCCGGACAGUCAUUGACGGUAACACCAAUGACCUCUCGCUGAAUGAGUUGAGUGGUGGUGCCCGAAUCAGCUUCGUCUUCCAUGAACUGUUCAACAAUGGUGUGAAGAGCAUCAACCCUUUCGAUCAGGUCAAGGAUGGAGAUAUCUGA